UUUCCUGUUGACUCAUGUUUGGUUCCUUCAUUGAACGUUUUCCUUAGAGAAAUGCUGCCUCCCAAGUUCUUGUCUGCCACCAAACCCACGAAGUUUUGGGCCCCAGACCUAUGUGAGCUAGACAGUGACUUGUCUAAGGAGCCGGAUGUCACCAUAGGAGAAGGCGCAGCUGAUUGUGAAUUCUUUCAUCAGAGGUUUCGGAACUUCCUCUAUGUGGAAUUUGUUGGGCCUAGGAAGACCCUGACCGAGCUCCGAAACCUCUGCCUAGAUUGGUUGCAGCCAGAGACUCGCUCCAAGGAGGAGAUUGUUGAGCUCCUGGUCCUUGAGCAGUACCUGACCAUCCUUCCAGAAAAGAUCAAGUCUUGGGUGCGAGCAAAAAAGCCUGAGAGUUGCGAGAAGCUUGUUACUCUGCUGGAAAAUUUCAAGAAUAUGUAUGAACCAGAUGACAACAGCGAGAGCGACGUUCCCAGUGAAGACAACAUGAGCCAGAGGGUUGCAGAGUCACCCCCACCACGCUCUGUCUCCUCUUUCUAUGGUAACCGGGAUAGGAUCCGGGACCAGGACCACAACUGGGACCAUGAAUGGGAUAGGGAUGCAGACUGGGAGUGGGAGCAGGAGCAGGACUUGAGGAGCAGAAGCAGAAACCUGGAACCUCGAGACCGCUGGCUGUACCCCAGGCACUCCCGAGGCAGACUUUCCUGCCUUUUGGAGCCACACCGGAUGCUGUUGGAGGACCAGGAGCUGAGACCCCAGUUUCAGGGCAUGGAUGCCAUGUCACUCCAAGAUGGCAUGGACCUGACUGAGCACAGGGAGCCCCAGAACCCAAUCCAGGACAACAUGGAGAACUACAGGAAGCUGCUCUCUCUGGGGGUCCAGCUUGCUGAACAUGAUGGCCACUCCCAUAUGACACAAGGCCAUUCCUCAAGGUCAAAGAGAAGUGCCUAUCCCAGCACCAGCCGAGGUCUGAAAACUAUGCCUGAAGCCAGAAGACCAAUCCAUCGGCGGGGAAUUUGUGAAGAUGAAUCUUCCCACGGCGUGAUCAUGGAAAAGUUCAUCAAGGAUGUCUCUCGCAACACCAGAGCUGGAAGGGGUGUGGAGUCUGAUGAUCAAUCACAGAGAUGCCCCAGAAAGGCAGAAAACAUUUGGAAAGGUGCUUCAUUCACUAAGCAGGGCUCUGUGAUUCAGGAAAGAGGUUACCAGGAGAGUGCCUUUGGAGGGGGAGGUUUUCAUUUGAAUUCAACCCCUGUUUCCAGAAGGAGAGUUCUUGAGAGAAAAAGGCGCUAUCAGUGUGACAUAGAGGGCCAGGGCUCCACUCAUGAUGAGAAAGGCUGUGCCAGGAAGAGACCUUUUGAGUGCAGUGAAAUGAGAAAAGCUGUGAGCCUGGGCAGCCUGAACCCCCUGCCCUUCACCAAAUCACAGCCAGUGGAUUUCGUGGCCGUGCCUUAUGUGUGUGAUGAGUGUGGGAAGUGUUUUGGUGUGAUUUCAGAAUUUGUUGAACAUCAGAUCAUGCAUACUAGAGAGAAUCUCUACGAGUAUGGUGAGUCCUUCAUUAACAGUGUGUCUGUCAGUGAGGUCCAGAAAAGGCAGGGUGGUGGGAAGCACUUUGAAUGCAAAGAGUGUGGGGAGGUCUUCAGCAAGAGUGCUGCUCUUGCUGAGCAUCGGAAAAUUCAUGCUAGAGAGUAUCUUGCAGAAUGUAAAGACGAGGAGGAUGAGGAGCCCUUCAUGCCUAGCCCCACCUUCAGUGAGCUUCAGAAAAUAUACGGGAAAGACAAAUUCUAUGAAUGCAAGGUAUGUAAGGAAACCUUCCUUCAUAGUUCUGCCCUGAUCGAGCACCAGAAAGUCCAUGAGAGAGAGAAUUUCUCUGAUGACAAAAAUAAAGAGCACAGGGAAACCUUGAAGCCGAGCUCCAGCCUUCAUGCGCUUCAGAAAAUGUAUGGCAGAGAGAAGCUAUACGAAUGCAAGGUGUGUGCGGAGACUUUUCAUCACAGUGCGUCCUUGAGAGAGCACCAGAAGAUCCACACCAGAGGAAAGUCCUUUGAAAAUAAGGGCAAGGUGUAUGAGGAGACCUUCAUUCCUGGUCAGAAGAGGCAUCAGAACAGCUAUUCAAAGGAGACGCUGUAUGACUUUAAAAACAGUAGGAAAGCUUUUAUGCCAAACUCCAACCUUAGUGAGCAUCUGAAAAUUCUUGCUCGAAAGAGCCUCUGUGAGGGUAGGGCGUACUCGAAAUCUGUGACUCAUCUGCCCUUCAGUGACUCUCAGAAGAGUCACACUAUUACACGACCACCAGAAAACGAGGAGGAAGAGAAGACUUUUACCAUCAGAUCUAACCCUGAUGCAAGUCAGAAAUUGCCCACUGAGGGAAAGGUCUAUGAGAGGAAACCUCAUGUGUGGUCUGUUAUUCAUAGCUUAGCUUUUGCUGAAGCUCAGAAAAGUCACUGUGUUAGGGGUUCCGGUAGACCAAAAGCAGUGACAGAGUCUACCAUACAGAGCACAGAUGUAAGUGAGCGCCAGAAGGUUUGUGCCCAAGCGAAUUCUUCUGAAACCAAGGCACCUGAGAGGUUAGUCAUACAUGGCUUAGACACCUUCAAACGUCCCCAAAGUCUCAAUGCAAAUGAACUUGAGUGUCAUGAGAAGGGAGACUCUACCAUCUGCGUCUCAGACAUUAAUGAUAAGAAAAAGAAAACUAUCAGAGAGAACCCAAACAAAAGGAGUAAGAGUAAUAACGAUGACAACUAUAAGGAUUCUUUUACGCAUAGUAUAUCCCAGGCUCAGUCACAGGAAAAUGUUCCUGGAGAGAGUUCUAGUGAGGUUAAAGCUGGCAGAGCAUUGCCUCUUUCCAACUCAAAUGUCUGUGAACUUCAGAAGGCACAUGCCGAAAAGAAAAACAUUGAGAGUAAGAAGCAUGAGACCUCUGUGAUCCAGUUCCUUUGUUCUGGUGAGCUUGGAGCCAUUCUCCCUAGAGAGAAAUUCUGUGAAUGUCAGCUGUGCGGAGAGUCCUUUACCCGGAGCUCUGACCUCACUGAGCACCAGAAGAUACAUAGUGAAAGGAAGCCCCCUGGAAAUAAAAACUAUGAGCAAUCUGUUAUCCGCAGCUUAGCCUCUAUUGACCCACAGGCCAGCUACACCGAGCCACAAGCACAGAUGAGGUGUACCGAGCAGCCAGGGCGGUCGAGGUGUGCAGAAGCACAGGCACAGACCUGGUGCGAGGAAGGAAAAGCACACGCGAGUCAUGCAGGGCAGUCAGUGCGCAGUGAGUGCAGAGUGUGUGGAGAAUGCGUUGCUACCAUCCGAGACCGUGGUGUACAUCCGAAAAUCUCUGACCAAGAGAAAGUUCACAGGAUAAAGCUGUCUGGAGACUCUGUUAUUCAGGGUGCCUUCUGUGACAGGCCUCAACAGGAAGGACCUCAGCAGAAGCAGCCACAACAGGAGGAGUCAUCAGAAGAUGAAGAGGAGGCAGAAGCUGAGGAUUCCAUCUAUGGAUGUAAGGACUGUGGCCUGGGUUUUGCAGAUCGGGCAGACCUUAAGGAACAUCAGAAAGUUCAUAGAUACGACCUCAUUGACACCAGUGAGUAUAAGCAGUCUAUAAUUCACGCCGGUUCUAUCAGUGACUAUCAGAGAGAUUAUGUUGGAGAGCGGCUGUAUGAAUGCCAGACUUGUGGAGAAUCUUUUGUUCACAGCUCAUUCCUUCUUGAGCAUCAGAGAGUCCACGAACAAGAUCCACUUUCUGGGCAAAGGAGAUGUGAUGAGUCUUUGAUGCAACCUUUGAACAUCAAACCAUGGAGGCCUCAUGGCCCACAGAAGAGUCCUCCUGUAGGAAUGUUCCUUCAGUGUCGGGUAUGUGGACAGGAUUUUAUUCAUUUCUCUGUCCUUAGUGAACAUAUGCGAACUCAUGAGGGGGAGAAUUUCCUGGAGCAGGGUGAAAGAGGGGAAGCUGUUUUUGUCUCAGAUCUAGCCCUGACUGCAUUUCAAAGAAGCCAGGCUGAAGAGAGAAAGCAUGGAUGUGAAGCAUGUGGAAAAGUGUUCCUCAGACGGUCAGAUCUGAAGGAGCACUCGAAAAUUCACGAGACAGACGAGCCCUAUGAUUAUGGGACCUCUUUUGUUCAUACCUCAUUUCUUACUGAGCCCCCCAAAAGAGAUUCACCGUUCUAUGAAUGCAAGGACCGUGGUGAGUCACUUACUCACAAUACAGCCCUCACCAAAUAUCAGAAACUUCAUGAAAGAAAACAGGAAGUCCAAACUGAUGUGCUGGUUCCGCGAGAAGUUCUGUUGAUUCAGAGAUCAAAUAUAGAGGCUGCUGAGCAGGAAGUAGAGGCUGCUCAGCCAGAGGUGGAGGCUGCUGAGCCAGAAGUUGAAGCAACUGAGCCCAGCAUGGAGGCCGCUGAGCCGAGUGGAGAAGCCCAAGGGCCUGAUGGGGAGGCUGCCGUGCCAAACAGGGCAGCUGAACAGCCCGUUGGGGAUGCCGAUGAGCCAGAUGGUGCUGGAAUUGAAGACCUAGAAGAAAGCGCAGAAAAGCCAGAGGGAGAUACAGAUGAACCAGAUGGUGCUGGGAUUGAAGACCCAGAGGAGGAAGGUGAAAAUGAAGAGAUUGAGGUGGAAGAGUCCGACUGUGACUUCAGGGAAUGCCGAGAAACCUUCCAGUCCAGCCCAGCCCACCUCGAGCGUCUGGCUGUCCGGGCCAGGGUGAUGUCUGAGGCUGCAAGUGCCUAUGAGGAAAGCGCCUGCUCUGCUGCAGGUGCCAGCACCAGAUGCCAUGCUGGUGUGGACUACAUGUGCUUCAAGUGUGACGUCUGUGGGCAGCGCUUCAGGAACCCGCUGGCCCUUGUUAAGCACCAGGAUACCCACACUGGCUGAGAACACAGGACACUUCUUUCAGGAAUGGGUCCUUAGGAAACCCCGGUGAAAUAAAACCUUUAUAUACCAGACUCCUAGCAUACACUCCGCAGACUGAAAAGAGCCUCCGGGUGGCAACUCCUGCUUUCAGACUAACAUCAGGCUCCCUGUGUGCUUGUGGGGAACCCAUAGCACAGACCCUGCCUUCUACCUGAGCAGCCACCCUAAGACAGACCCUGGUGGUCUGGGACUUGUAACUCUUGGCAACUCUCCACACAUCCAUCUGAACCUAGAUCCCAUGUUUCCUGAGAUGUAUAUAAACUAGUAAAGCAGAGCCAGUAGUAACCAUUGAGUAUAUUAUAUAGUUAGAAGACAUUAGAUAGUUGAAUACAUUAUAUAGUUUGGGUUUAUUAUGGAGGUUUACUGACCUGGCAUUGGGUUGUUUUGUUUUGCUUU